UACCAGUUCAAGGUACUAAACCAUAUCAUAAAAGAGAGUCAAUAUUUAAAGAAGAAGAACCCCAAAUUGAACUAAAACAAAAACAAUAUCCCAAAGGUAAGGAUGAGUAUUAUAAAAAACCAAAAGAACCAAAAGAGAUUAAAACAAUUACUGAAAAAUUAAAUAAUGAAAGUGAAAAGAAAAUAACACAUUCACAUCAUCCAAUAAAAAGUCAAAUGACAAAGAAACCAAAAGAUAAGUUUUUUAUAGACUUUUAUGAUGGUGUUAAUAAAUUAAAAGAAGUUGAACCAACUCAAAAACAACCAGAAGUUAAUUUGAAGGAUGAAAAUGAUAACUUAAUUGGAACGUCACAAGAAUUAGAAAAACAUUAUUUUAGAAUUAAAGGAGAAGCAAAGUCAUCAGAAGUUAGACCAUUACAAGUACUUUAUAAAUCAUUAAAUUAUGUAUUAACAAAAUAUAAAGAAAAUAAGAAAUAUGAUUAUAUUUGUGAUCAAUUAAAAGCAAUUAGACAAGACUUAACAUUACAACAUAUUGAAAAUGAAUUUUCAAUUCAAGUAUAUGAAAUACAUUCAGAUAUUUCAUUAGAAAAUAAUGAUGUUUCUGAAUUUAUUCAAUGUGCAUCAGCACUCAAACAGUUAUAUAAAAAAUUUGGUUAUUCAAAUGAUAAUCCAAAAGUAAUUUUUUAUAUAUCAGCAAUGAUUCUUUGUAAUAUGGAUUCAAAAAAUGUUUCUCCAAUUACUAAUUAUUCAUUAUUAAGAGAAAUUCCAAUAGAAAUAUUACUAAAUCCAAAUAUUCAAUUUGUAUUAAAUGUAAAACGAGCAUUUGAUAAUGGAGAAUAUUUUACAUACCUUAAAUUAUUUAAAGAAGCUAUUCCUAAAUUUAAAGUAAUAAUGAAACUUGCAAUAGAAAAAGUUAGAUUAAAAGGUCUUAUGCUUUUAUUUAUGUCUAUUGGUGGAGUUAUUGAAGUUAAUGAUGUUAUGGAUUUUCUUUCAUUCUCAAAUGAAGAAGAAUAUCAUGAAUUUAUAUCAAAAUAUCCAUUAAUUUUAGAUGCUAAUGGAAAAAUUCAAUGUACUGAAACAUUAAAAAAUAUUUCUAAAAGUUAA